AAAGCCAUACACAGGAGACACUACCGCACAGAACACCCUCCCGUAGCUUUCCUGCUGCCUAUUGUGUUUUCCAGGCUUUGGAGCCUAGACCACGUGAUCCCCUGCUGCCAUGUGAUUUGGUGAUGUCACUCAUAGCAGCGGAGGAGCAGCUGGAAGAUAAGAAACAGACGCUGUCAUAUAUUAGCACCAUGAGCCUUCACCAAUUUGUGCUGGUGGCCUGCAGUCUCACUGCCUGGAUCAUACUCUACAUCUUUCUCUGCCAGCUUAAUAAGAAUAAAACCUAUGAGUGGAACUGCCGAUUAGUUACCUUGAUUCAUGGUGCUCUAAUUAUUUCUCUGUCUGCGUAUGUGGGAUUUAUUGAUGGUCCAUGGCCAUUCACACAUCCAGGCUCUCCGAAUACCUCUCUUCAAGUGCACGUGCUAUGUCUGACACUGGGCUACUUCUUCUUUGACUUAUGUUGGUGUGUGUAUUUCCAAACAGAAAAAGUCUUGAUGUUGAUCCAUCACAUUCUUAGCAUCCUUGGCAUAAUUAUGGCACUUAUCCUUGGUGAAUCGGCUACUGAAGUUAACGCUGUCUUGUUUGGCAGUGAAAUUACAAACCCCCUGCUGCAAGUGCGAUGGUUUCUGCGGGAAACAGCUCGCUAUGAAACCUUCCUAGGUGACACUGUGGACUUCUUGUUUGUGGCUCUUUUUACCACAGUGCGCAUAGGUGUGGGAGCCUGGCUUUUAUACUGUGAACUUGCCUCACCAAAACCAUACUGGUUUGUUAAAAUGGGAGGAGUUGCUAUGUAUGCUAUAUCUUGGUGCUUCAUGAUAAGUAUCUGGCGCUUUGCUUGGAGACGAAGCCUCAAGAAAUACCAAAUGUGGAAAGAUAGUGCAAACAGUCUGACACAUAUCAAUGGGCAUCCGAAAUCUCUAUGACAUCAGGAUAUCAGAAAUGCAAGUUAAGACUGAGUAGAGGCCAUUUAGCCGAUGUUACAGUAUAUUCCUUGUAAAGACUUUAAGAGGAGAAAGUUUGAAUUCAUAAGGCAGUACUCUCGAGCAGUAGUGGUGAGGAACAUUUUAGUGAUAUGGACUAGUACUUGAAAGUGUUUUAUUAUUAUCUGGUUUUUAAAUUA